UUUUUUUUUCCUUUCCUCCAAUCUCUGUGAAAAUUUUCGGUCCAAAGCAAUGGCGAAGAAGACAACCCAGAUGAAAAAGAGGGAGAAACUGAAGCAAAUUGAUAACAUACCAAAAUAUUCUCAAAAACCCAGAAGCCCUGCACUCAAACGUCGCCGUACUGACUUCUCUGUCUUCUCCUCCUCCUAUUCUUCUUCUCUUUGCAAUUCAGGUUACUUACUGGGGCAAUCAUCUGUUAGAGAUGGAUUGUCCAGUGGCACUAUAAGUAGUUCAGCUGACAAGCAGGACCAUGGGAAAAUGUUGCAUGAGCUUCCUUUUGUUCACUUCUGCAAAUACCAGGGUCAAGGAGCCGGAUUAUUUUCUAAAUUCUAUGAAGCUCCAGUAAUGGAAGCAGAAUCAGUUGUCCGUAAUGCAGUAAUUGACCUUUGUGGUGACAGGAAACUUGGCAAAGAAACAAAUGAUAAUGUAGAGAUAUUGGAAUUUACCCCAAAUAGAUCAGAGGUUAUGGAAAGAAAUGGAGUUUGCUUAACUCCUGGAAAUGUGGUAUGGGCUAAAACAGCUUGCGAGAUGUGGUGGCCUGCUGAAAUCAUUGAAGAGAAAUCCCCUUCUACUGAUUCAACAAAUCAAGGGAGUGAUGGACAUGUUUUGGUACAAUUUUUUGGGAACUUUAACAGUGCUUGGGUUGAUCCAGCUAGAGAUGUUUCAGAGCUUGAGGAUUGCUUUGAAGAAAGGUGCUGCAACUCUACGGAAAAUUUUCAAGAUGCUUUAAAACAAGCAUUGUUACAGAGGAAGGAACAUAUAAGUUCAUGCCAACAGUUUCUCCAAAGCCCUGAUGGGUCCAAUCUCUCAGAUCGGCAAGACCAGUUGUCUGAUAAAUGGACUUCAUCAACUUCUAGUGGAAUGGUUACCAAUCUCCCUAAAAGAGGUGAAGAGAAGAGAGAAAGGAAGCGAAAAAUUCACUUUGAUGAGGUGACAUUUCCUCUAAAAUCUACAAGGAAGAUCCGCAGGUUAAAGAUAAUGCGGUACCUUGGUCUCAUAGCUCCAGUUGGUUCUCCAUUUUAACAUUACACACAGUAACAUAAAAAAAUUUCCUUUCUUAGUCAAUUGUUUGUUAUCAGUUGUAGCAAAUAGGUUGUAUACAGAUGAGCAGUUUUGUAGGUGAAGAAAGUUUCAUCCUUAUUCAUCUUUAUCCAAUGCUCUUUACUCCAUGUUUAUAUUAGUCCAAUAUAUAUAUAUAUAUAUAUAUAUUUGGAUAAACCCGAUAAUUGUAUAGAAAGAAGAAAGAAUACAGUCUAGGAGAGGGGGCUUCCGCUCCCCUACAAGCUAAACAAACACCUUGGACAGGCCCAAGGGUUCAGCAAAACGAAAGUCCGGAGACACAAGGAUAUACAAUCCUAAACAAGCAAGCCCAAAACAAAAACAAGGCCUAGCAAAAACAAAGCCCUACAAAUCUAUACAAGCUGCAUGAUGCAACCCCAAAAGAAUCAGACCACAACCGGCA